AUGACUGACCGCGAGGUGCUCCCGGAUAACGUGAAGCCAAUCCACUACAACCUCUCACUCCGGGACCUCGAAUUCAAGAACUGGACUUACCAGGGAACUGUCGGAAUCGAUGUCGAAAUCACCAAGCCAACCAAGGAAAUCGUUCUCAACACGCUCGAGCUCAAGCUUCACAACGCCAAGGUCAAAGUUGACCAUACCAAGUCUGAGCAGACAAUCGAAACUACAAACUUUUCGUACAAUGAAAAGGCUCAGCGAGCAACUAUUGUCUUUGACCAGGAGCUUCCUGUGUCAAAGAAGGCCUCUCUGACUAUCACCUUCGAGGGUAUCAUCAACAAUGAGCUUGCUGGGUUCUACCGAAGCAAAUAUAAACCCGCCGAAACUCCCGCCAAGUCUGUGCCUCAUGACGAUGAGUGGCAUUACAUGUUCAGCACCCAGUUUGAGUCUUCUGACGCCAGGCGGGCUUUCCCUUGCUUUGACGAACCCGGCCUCAAGGCGACCUUUGACUUCGAAGUUGAGGUUCCAACUGACCAGGUUGCUCUGAGCAACAUGCCCGUCAAGGAAACAAAGCCUACUAAAGAGGGCUGGCAACUGGUGACUUUCGAGACGUCCCCCUUGAUGAGCUCUUACCUUCUCGCCUGGGCUAUUGGUGACUUCGAGUAUAUCGAAACUUUUACUGAACGAAAGUACAACGGAAAGCAACUCCCAGUUCGUGUUUACACCACGCGGGGUCUGAAGGAGCAGGGCCAGUGGGCUCUGGAACACGCUGCCCCGGUCAUUGACUACUUUUCGAAGAUUUUUGAUAUCGACUAUCCUCUUCCCAAGGCUGAUUUGCUUGCUGUGCACGAAUUUACCCAUGGCGCUAUGGAAAAUUGGGGCCUAGUGACGUAUCGAACUACCCAGGUUCUGUUUGACGAGAAAACGUCGGACCCACGCUUCAAAAACUCAGUUGCAUAUGUCGUUGCCCACGAACUCGCCCACCAAUGGUUCGGCAACCUCGUAACAAUGUCCUGGUGGGAUGAAUUAUGGCUCAAUGAGGGCUUUGCUACGCAUUGCGGUUGGGCAGCGGUCAACGAGCAACAUCCAGAAUGGGAAGUUUGGGCACAAUUCGUGAAUGAGGGCAUGGAGACGGCGUUUCGCCUUGAUGGCAUCCGAGCCAGCCACCCAAUCCACGUGGAAGUCCGCGACGCUCUGGACGUCAACCAGAUCUUCGACUCUAUUAGUUAUCUGAAGGGUUGCUCAGUUCUUCGGAUGCUUGUAAACCACCUUGGGUUUGAGACUUACGUCAAGGGUGUUUCCAAGUACCUCAAGGCUCAUGCGUAUGGCAACGCCACAACCAAGGAUCUUUGGGACGCACUGAGCGAAGUUUCAGGACAGGAUAUCAAUAAACUCAUGGCGCCUUGGAUCGCCAAGAUCGGCCAUCCUGUAUUGAACGUUGAUGAGGAACCUGGUCAGAUCACCGUCAAGCAGUCCCGCUUCCUUUCAACCGGUGACGUCAAGCCUGAGGAAGACACUACAACCUGGUGGGUUCCUCUUGGUCUGGAGGGUAAGAAGGACGAAUCUGGUGUCGCUGCGUUGAGUCUCGAGAAAAAGGAGGAGACUAUUACCGGCGUCAACGAUGACUUCUACAAGCUCAACAGUGGGGCCACUGGCUUCUUCCGCGUCAACUACCCGGCUUCUCGACUCGCUAAGCUCAGCACCCAGCUUGACAGGCUCAGCACUGAGGAUAAGAUUGCCAUCAUUGGAUCGACUGCCGACCUUGCCUUUGCUGGCAACGGCAACACUGCUGCUCUCCUGACUUUCCUCCAGGGUUUCAGCAAUGAGUCGCACUCGCUCGUGUGGAGCCAGGUCCUCGACUCUGUUGGCUCAGUUAAGUCAGUCUUUGGAGAGGACGAAGAGUUGAAGAAGGGUUUGAGCAACUUUGUUGUCAAGCUCAUUGACGCCAAGGUAAAGGAGAUUGGAUGGGAGGCCCGCGAGGGCGAAGACUACCUUGUUGGUAUUUUGCGAAAGAGCCUGAUUUCCUCCGCAGUUGCCAGCGGCCAUCCCGAAGUUACCACAGAGGCUCUUAAGCGCUUCGACGCCUGGGUUGAGAACCCCGAGGCUAACCCCAUCCCUCCCUCGCUCCGCACCUCGGUCUGGCGCGCUGGUCUCGACAAGGAUCCCGCCCGCGCUGUUCCAAUCCUGAAGAAGGAGUGGUUCGAGACCAAGUCCAUCGAUGGUAAGCUUCUUUGUCUCUCCGUCCUUGGACUUACCAAGGACGUCGAGCUUCUCAAGUCGUCUGUUAUCCCCUUCAACUACAACACCUCCCCUCCGUCUAACGCGGUGCCCAACGCGGACAUGCACGCCCUCGCGUCGUCUCUGGCACGAAACUCGGCCGCGCGCAACCUGCACUGGGACUUCCUCAAGAACCACUGGGACGCCAUUGUCAGUAAGAUCGGCAAUCCCAUUGUCGUCGACCGUCUGGUCAAGGUCAGCUUGAAGAGCUUCACCGACGAGUCGUUCGUCGACGACAUUGCCAAGUUCUUCGCCGACAAGGACACCACCGCAUUCAACCGCUCCCUGGGUACCGUCCAGGACAGCAUCCGCGGCCGCGCCGCUUACAAGAAGCGCGAUUCUGUGGCGCUCAAGGAGUGGCUUAACGCCAACAACUACAUUUGA